AUGUCCUCCUCUACAGAGAACGAUGCGAGGAUCAUCAUCUUUGGUCCGACUGGCCACGUUGGCUCGGCUGCCGCUCGGGCCGCCCGAGAACAGGGUGUCAAGGUCUUCCUGGCGAUGCGAGAUCCGGAAAAGGCGAUCCCAGGGCUCAACACCGAACAAGAGCAAGAGGCAGGCUUCGAGAGGGUCUACGCUGACUUCACAAAACCCGACACUGUCCACGCUGCUGUGACCAAGACUGGAGCGAAGCGUGCCUUCAUCUACCUGAUCUUUGGGACCCCUGAUCACAUGAAAUCCGCCAUCGUCACACUCAAGUCGGCCGGGAUCGAUUUCGUCGUCUUUCUGAGCAGCUACACUGUCCCUGACAACCUGAGCAUGGAGAGCAUUUCGCCAAGCAAUUUCAUCGCCUGGGGACAUGGCCGGGUCGAGAUCAAUCUGGGCGAAGUGUUUGGAUCAGACGGGUACGUGGCCGUCCGACCUGGGUCUUUCGCAAGUAACUCGCUGCGGUGGAAGACGAUGGUCCAGCACGGCGAGAUUGAAAUUGCAUAUCCCGAGGCGCUGUUUGAUUGGAUAUCGCCUGGAGACAUCGGCAGAGUCUGUGGAACCGUCGUCGCCAGGGGGCCUCGGGCUGUUGAUGGAAACGUGAUUCGACUUUGUGGACCUGAGAUCAUAUCCCAGGGGGAGGCGGCAGAUGUCAUUGGCAGGGUGAUCGGCAAGGACAUCAAACUAACCCGACUGGACGAACAAGGAGGUGUGGACUUCUUUAUGAAAGUUGCCCACUUGCCGGAGCCUGCAGCGCGGCAGCUGAUCGCGAUGCUCAAGAAGAGGGUGGAAGAUGGGAAAAAUGAUGGAGGCCACUAUGAAGGCCCUAGAUAUGAGGAGGCAGUCGCCAAUAUUCAGAAGUAUGGCGGAAGACAACCUACUAGAUUCCACCAAUGGGUUGAGGAAAAUAAAAAGGAAUUUGGUGUUUGA